CAGGAGUCGAAGUGUCGCUCAAGCAUUCCACUAGGCUAUAUAUAUCUUUUAUUUGAUUUGAUACUUGAUUUUAUAUGAUUAUUAUUAUUCGAGAUAUGUUGCAGUUUCUUUCAGCAUCAGCUGAUUCAAUGCUGGACGAGGAGAUGGAACUUGGCCAUCGUCUCGAUGCCAUCGCAAUCGGCACCACCACGUGUCUAGCAACCUGCAUGACAGGAUUCAUCACGCUCAAAUUCCUCCACUUUCUAUCUAUUUCGGAUUCCAAGGAUCAACGAUUCGCUCGGUGUGUUGGCUCGGCAGCCUUGAUCAUGCAUAUGGCACAGUUGAUCGCACAAUUGGAGAACACAUGGCUUGCUAUGACACGCUUUGCUACAUCUACGCCGUUCAACGUAUUUUUAUACGAAGGAAUCGAGACACUUUUCACGCUAUUUAUUGUUAUCUCCGUACAGAUGCAUUUCUCGCGCAUCGCACGCGCCUUCGUGAACAACAAGCGAAGAUGGAAUCUCUUCUCGGCGGCUUCAUGUUCAUUGACGUGUAUAGCUGGCCUUGCGACUUCAGCGAUCAUCCUCUCGGACUUAUCACAUGGACGGCUGCAAAGAAACACUCCUCCAAAGCUCUCAGUCCAGCUGACCGUAUGCUGGGCGGUGUGGUUAAGCUCGGCAACUGCCUUCGAUAUCACCGUAUUAUCAGUCUUAACAAAACACAUCCUCAAACAUCGUGCUGGGACCGUUCAGAUCUCCUUCAAAAGUCUUUUGAGUCGUAUCUUGCUAGUCGCAGUAUAUGCCUUCUUGAUGUCAUCCUUAACGUCCAUCGUCGCUGUUGUUCUCAUCGUCGUUUCUACAAUAUCAUCUCCUGAGAACUAUAUACUGUUAAGCCGACUCCGCAUAGCAGCUUUUGUUUCAAAUUCAUUUUUGCCUCGGAUAUACCUCAUGGCAUUUUGCUCAUCUCUUGUCGGCAAACGUAUAACCUUGGAUUCAAAAUCCACGCGCUAUUCAAUGUCUGGAUCAUCGUCGAAUUUGGCAUAGUCACCCAGCGAUAUCACUAUUUCAUCACGUUCUCAGACGAGGAUUGUGAUGUCCCGCGGGAUAAUUUAUACCUCUCCACAUCUCGGCCACUGAGGUGUGACUGGCAAACUUAUCAAUAAAAUAGCAAUGAAACACUCGCUCGUAGGUUCUAGUCUACGCGAGCAUGAAAGUCCAAGAAAAAGUUCUCGAAUAAGUGAAUCAUAGGUGUUAGUCCAGGACAGGGUAGUUCCCAGAUCCAAUUGUAGUAGUAAUCAUAGUAGUAGUCUGUGUAUCUACUUGUAAAUAUUUUCCCAUUUUACAAUUUGCGAGUUUUUUGUAACAGUGAGACUUGAGUUCUAAAUAAACC